AUGGCAGAAGCAAAGGUUCUUCGCAUGAACGCUGCAGAUCAUGAAAUUAGCUAUGCCAAUAAUUCAGUUGUUCAAAAAGCAGUGAUAUCAAAAGUAAGGUCAAUGGUUGAAGAAUCCGUUACUGAUAUGUUCAGCAAAACUGUUCCAACAUGUAUGAAGGUGGCAGACUUAGGUUGCUCUUCAGGUCCUAACACCUUCAUGACUAUAUGGCACAUUAUUGACACUAUCCAUGGCAUAUGCCAACAAGAAGAUAUGAAGUUACCCGAGUUUGAAGUGCUUCUAAAUGAUCUCCCAGAGAAUGACUUCAACUAUGUGUUUAAGUCGGUUCCUAGUUUCAUCGAGAGACUGAAGAAAGAGAUCGGAGAUAUGGUGCAGGAACGGUGUUUUAUAAGAGGAGUUGCCGGUUCUUUUUAUCAUAGACUCUUUCCAGCUAAAAGCCUGCACUUCGUAUAUUCUUCCUAUGCGCUUCAUUGGCUCUCAAAGGUUCCUGUUGGAGUGGAGAACAACAAAGGGAACAUAUGCAUGGCAGGAUCAAGUCCUCCCAAUGUUGUCGAAGCUUAUGCUCAGCAAUUUCAGAAAGACUUCAUAAAUUUUCUAAGCUUACGUUCCAAAGAAAUACUACCCCAAGGGCGUAUGGUACUAACCUUUACGGCUAGGAAAAACCCAAAUCCCUCUAAUGAAGAUUACGGUUUGGAGCUUGUUGCUGAAUCCCUUCUUGAAUUGGUCGCUGAGGGAGUUGUAAAAGAGGCAGAUGUGGAUUCAUUCAACAUUCCUUUAUAUGCACCUUGCAAAGAAGAAGUGGCUGAGAUUGUUGAGAAGGAAGGAUCGUUUGGAAUUAAGGAGCUACAAGUUUUCGUAGUGGACACCGAUCCUCGAAAUAGAGAUGAUAAAAAACACUUGGAUUUCAACAUUUAUACGCAAAUGGGGAAAAACUAUGCAAAUACUAUGAGAGCUGUUUUGGAGUCUAUUCUGUGCAGUCAUUUUGGAGAUGCCAUACUUGACGAGUUAUUCAAAAGGUUUGCAACAAAUGCAGCGGAUCCUCUAAGGAACUCAAUGCUCCAAAAGAAGGUUAACGUUGUGGUUUCAUUGGCAAAGAAGUAGUUAAUACAUGAAUAUGAAGAAUAAAAUUGACCAGAGAACAUGAAUUACCACUG